AUGGCCGCAUUUAGCGGUGGGGAACGAUUCCCGCACUUGGAAGUGAGUUCAAUUGAAGAACUGCGAAAUAAUGCAAAAAGUACAAAUACCAAGAGAAGCACAAUCUUUUGGCUUGGCGUUUUUAAAUCAUGGGCAAAGGAGCGAGGUUUUUCUGAGGCCAUUGAAACGUACGAGGCGUUCGACUUAGAUAAAAUUUUGGAGAAAUUUUACGGUGAAGUGAGGAACAAGGAUGGCGGUGAAUACGAACAGAAAAUGUUAAACAACAACAAUUUCAACAACUGCCAAGUAACUUUCUCAGUUGGUUCAACGAUGACUUCGCCAAUUUUGCCUCAGCAUACUUCGAACCCGAAGCGACGUCGCGCUUACAUGAUUGAAAGUGACUCUGAUUGACUGUUUUGUUUUAUAUACUGUUAUGCGCUUUUGUUUUAUAUAUUGUUAUACAUAGUUAUGCGCUUAAAAAUUACCCGGACACGAACAAGUAAGUGCUUUGUACAAACAAUUUGUUUUGUUUUGUUUUGCCUAGUUUAUGCAUGCAUUUUGAUUUUUGACGUGUAGCUAAUAUAUUUGUUCUUUGUUUAUUAAUAAAUGUCAAGUUCAAAUUUGAUUGUCUCGAAUACUUUUAUGCAUAUUAUUAACAAGUAAUAGCAUGGUUUCUCGUGCAAUUUGGAUAAACAUGCACUCGUGAGUUUUUCCAAGACCUCAAAUAGCACUCGUCCUUCGGACUCGUGCUAUUUUGAGGUCUUUGAAAAACUCACUCGUGCAUGUUAUAUCCAAAUUGCACUCGAAACCAUGCUAUUACCUAUACUAACAACAUUUUUUGGUAUAAAAUGGGUAAUUGGACAAGUACUGGUGCAAGACAUUGUGUAGCCUAAAUAAUGAGAGGACCAGUAUUCCAAAAAUUGUUGUUCUUAAUUUAUUAACUCCGACUCCUGUGAUGAACAUGUACGUAAAAACCUAGGGAAAUUACGAUUAUAUAGAAACUAAAAAACUGGUGGAAAUUUUAUGGGACACGGUAAAAGGCGAGGAUAAGGAGCGAGAGAUCAAAGUUGCGGAGGAAGGAAACCCUGUCCUCGUUUCGACCUAAAGAUGGUGUAACAUUUUACUGUCCGUCACCGUAUUCUGUUCACUAUUUUCUCUGAGCUGUACACAGUGAAUUCAAUUUAUCAACAUAUCAGUGAACGUUGUCAAUGGUUCCGUUUGGUUUUCGCUCAUGGGUUCCUUCACAUUUUUCUCAGAUAGAUCUUCAUCAAAAGACAUCGUGAUUGCAGAAUCUUAACUACCACUCGAUUCAGUUCCAAGUAGGGUUAGGUCAUAUUGCAGGUCCUUGGUUGUCGUGUGACUUUUUACAAAGAAAGUAUUGAUUUUCGACUGGGAUGAAUCCGAUGAUUCCAUCACUGGAUGACAUUUUACUUUUUUACCAUUGUGAAAUGUGAACCAAUCGAGAAUGCACCUCUUUAUAAUCACUGAUCGAUUUCCUUAUUGCAUUCCUCGCACCGAACGUCGUAAAAUCAACAAUUUUUUAAUGAUUGUAAGAAAAUCGCGCACUUUUAUGUCUAUCUAAAAGUCUAAAAUUAGUCACAUUUAUAGGUCAUUGUAUAAUGUAUAGUAUCUAUUUUCGGUGACUGGUGUGUCAUAGCCGCGGUGCGCGCCGCUCAGGGCCAGAACCAAAGGAUAAACAUUACUGAUCCGAUUGUUACUACGCACAUGCACUUAUACCACACCUUCGCAAUAUGUGCAGCUAUAUACUAUAUACUUAUUUAGUUUAAUAGUUGUAUAGCCUACAUUAUGCUAGGUAAAACUGCUGAAUAUAGGCAUAAAUACAGUAGUGACAUUUUAUUAGUAGCCAUAGCAAUUGUCCCUUCGUUCUAGCCGUUUCUGUGGGGAUUUAUGUCUGUGGUAUGUGCGCAAAAAUCAAAACCAAAUCCGAUUUUAGAGCACUUGACCUUUAAUAAAUGUUAAACUGACGCAACAUGCUUGAAUCCAGCUAUGCGGUCUAUGGUAGUAAUAAAUAUACACAAACGUUGCCAUUACAGAUUUACAGUGCAUGAUUGAACCUGUAAAAGUUGAACUUGUUGAAAUAAUUCUUCUGUUCCGCUUUAUCGAUCAAUAUAUUCGUCUAACCACCGGACCGUCGUUGCCCGAAUAACAAGACAAUUUUUGCCCGAAUAUAGAUAAAUUCUCCCCCCCAGCCCCACCCUCCCGUACGCCUAUGCUUUUCUAUGUAUAUAUGUAUGUAUUUAUUUAUUUAUUUAUGUCUUUGUUGUCCAAGUUUUUCCUAGAACAUGCACAGUCAUUCUAAAUCUCAAAAACGACAAAAUAAAAAGCGAAUCCUUUUAAAAAUCCAAAUAUGACCAAAACAAUUUUUCCUAGAACAUUUUUGAGCAAUUGAAUAAUGCCAAAUAGACUGAGCAGUUUUUAAAAUACCUGACUAUUAGUGGUUUAAUAGCCUACACCUAAUAAGUUACAACUAUAGGGCUAACUCUGGCUGAUUUGGCUAUAGUUUUGCGUCGCUUUUGCGAUAGACAAUGCUGCGAGUACAACAAAAACGUGCAAAGGCUUUAAACUUUACACGAUGAUCAAAAGAAGUAUAAUGCGCAUAUACAGGUCAUUAUGGACCAAUUUAGUUGCUCUCGCUUCAGUUAAAAAGUUUAGUGUACAAUUUUACUUGAGGCAAAAUGCUAAUCAAACCGUUACUACAAUAUAAUAUAGCUUAUUCGGCUUAAACUAAAGAUAAUAUGAAGCACAGACUACACCAAUUGGUGCCUCUCGAAUUGCGAUUGUGUUGUUAGAAACACAGCCUAUUUUUUAUGGGGAGGCCUGGGGGCGGUGGAUUCAGGGGAGGGGGGCAGGUUACCUGAAGUUGCGUUACGCCACUGCCCAUAUAAUGCAAAAUGACAUGCCCAACAUACACCUCCUUUACAUAUUUUCGAAACUGAUAUUAAACUCUCAUUUAUUUUUUGCAGUUUUGAUUUUGUAGAAAGAAUAUUAUAACAAUCUCGUGUCGCUAUGGCUAACAUGACGCCAGCAACACAAGCCUGCGUGUAGUGUUGGCGUAAUUAUUAUUAUUAUUAUUAUUAUUAUUAAAUUUGGUCUUAACAUCAUCCCCCCAUCAACUAAGUUUUUACAAUGCCAGGUAACAAUUCGGAAUGCUUUAAAAUCAUCUCCUAAUGAAUCAAUAAUCCACCUCUGGAAAUCAACAACUAAUCAUACUAAUAUUCAAUACGACCAAUACAGUUCGACGAAGGAAGUGAUUAAGUCAUUUCGUGAUGAUCAAGUAGAUAAAUUAACAAGCCAACUAACAUACCAAGGCUCAUUCUUUACCAGUGUAUCAAGAUUUUCCCUAACCCAAUUAAAUACGAUCUGGCCAGCCUGUCAGUCCAAAUUACCUAAAAACAUUUUCAACUUUACCAUUCGGUAUAUAAACAAUUCGCUGCCAACCCGUAGGAACCUUCAAAGAUGGGGGCUAUCCUCGUCUUCUGAAUGCUCGUUCUGCAUUAAUCCUGAAUCUCUAUUGCACGUCGUCGCUGGUUGCAGUUCCUACCUCGAUCGAUUUACUUGGAGACAUGACUCAAUUCUAAAUUUCAUUGCUAAUAACCUUCCAUCAGAACAUAUCCAGACCAUUUAUGCUGAUUUGUCGUCAUUCUCUAAUCCUUCUACAAUCACUGGUGAUGAUUAUCGGUCUGAUUUACUAAUUUUGACGAAAGACAAUUGUCUGUAUAUUCUGGAAUUAACCGUUGGAUAUGAGACUAACCUCAGAAAUAAUGUUAACAGGAAAUACUCCAAGUAUAAAGAUAUGAUUAUGGAACAAAAGAAAAAUUAUCAUGCGGUAAACUUCAUCAACCUUUCGAUUAGUGCACUUGGUGUGUUUGACAAAGAAUCGUCUGGUUUUAUAGACAUGUUAGAACAUUUUAAUUUAGAUAAAGCUCAU